AUGGGUUUAUGGAAGAAAAAAAUGCUUCAAAGUAACAAGUUUGGUGUUGGUUUCAAGUCGAAACCCAAGGCCGAGAAGAAGAUUCCCCCAAAAGACGCAUCAUCUGCAGACAAGAAGAAAAAGAGGCACAAGAAAUUGGUGGAGACGUACAAGAUUUACAUCUUCAAGGUCCUCAAAUAUGUCCAUCCGGAUAUCGGGAUAUCCAGCAAGGCCAUGGGGAUCAUGAACUCAUUUAUUAACGACAUGUUCGAGAAGCUCGCACAGGAGGCUUCCAAGCUGGCCAGGUACAACAAGAAGAACACCCUUUCCUCACGUGAGAUCCAGUUCGCCGUCAGGCUCGUUCUUCCUGACGAGUUGGCCGAACACGCCGUCUCCGAAGGCAUCCAGGCCGUCACCAAGUUCACUGACAAAUGUUCAGAUCAAAAUUGGAAAUAA